GUUUAUGCCAUGUUAAGCCUAUAAACAUUUCAUGUGCUAUAGGUUUAAGAGUUUAUUAGAAAGAAUAAAAAAUCGAAAGACUGCAUUAAAAAAGAUUACAGAAUUAGGUUUGUUAACAUGGCGCUAUCAUUAUUUCAAUUCGCGCAACUUAUAUAUAAUAAAGAAGAACUAACAGAGUUUUUAAUUCAACACGGUAUCUUAGCAAAUACUAUCAAGUGUAGUUCAUGUGGUAAAGAUGUAAAUAUUAAUAAAGAAACGCUUAUGUAUCGAUGUAGGAAACGAUAUAUGAUUAAAAACAAACACAAAAAAAAAAUUAGCAAGCAAUGCAACUUUAAAAAAAAUGCUAAAUUAGGCACGUGGUUCAAUAAUGGUCAGCUUGAUAUAGCUACUGUAUGUAAAAUUAUUAGUUGUUUUCUAUUGUUACCACAACCACGUGAAAAGGACACACAAGAGGAAACAGGAGCGUUGCAAAUCAUAGUUAUUGAUUGGUUCUAUUUUUGUAGAGAGGUCUGUGUGUUCUGGGCUGAUAAAAAUAGUAAGAAGCUCGGCGGCCCGGGAAAAGUGGUAGAACUGGAAGAAGCAAAAAUUGGACGACAAAAAUAUAAUCGUGGUCGCUUUGUAAAAGGCGAAUGGAUUUUUGCAGGCUAUGAGCAUGAAUCAAAGAAGAUUUUUAUCACCUCUGUAAAAAAUCGAACAGAGGAAACACUCCUUGCAUGUAUUAAGGAGUGGAUACUGCCAGGCACAACCAUUGUCUCAGAUUGUUGGAAGUCUUACAAUUGCUUAAACAACGAAGGCUUCCAACAUCUGAGAGUUAAUUACUCCUACAACUUUGUUGAUCCUCAAACUAGUAUAAAUGUUCAACACAUGGAAUGCGUUUGGAGAGAGGUUUGGGGAGAAAUCCCAACAUUUGAAACAAAAUCUAAAAACUUUGAGGGAUUUUUAGCUGAGUAUCUUUUUAAACGUGUCUACAAUCAAAUUGAACGUAUAGAAAUCUUCUUUGAUAUCAUUGCUGAAAUGUAUUCUCCGAUAGUCAGCUGUAAGGACGAGCUUGCAAUCAAUACCACUUUGAAUUCUGAUGAUCAGAAGCCAAAUACCAGUGCUGCUUAAAGAUAUGUUUUAUGUAUUUGUUUUUAACAAGGUUUUGUACAUCAAUACAUUAAUAUUUCUUUCUUGAUAUAUCCAUCAUUACAUUUAUUAUAUGUAAUUAUAUUCGUUAGGAUACCGUGCUUAAAAAAUCUGUCAGUAUUUGUGCAAUUAAAAUAUUUUUAAAA